UGUCGAUCUCCUCAAGAAACGCGCCGGCUCUCGGACGUUGAUCGUCUGCUCGACGACAUGAUCCUGCUCAGUUUGAUGCUCGUCAUGGCUCCAUUCAGCAGCCUCCCCCUCUCAGUCAUCAUCGCAGGCUUGUUUCUCGCCUGGCUCGCUGAUGCACAGACCGUCUAUGUCACCCAGACAGUCUUCACAGCUUGUGAAUGUUCCGAGUCCCCGUCCAAGUCCCCUUUGAUGCCAGCUGAUCUCCCGCCAUUGUCAGUGCUCAGUGGUACCUCCGGUGCAGGUUCUACGCCAGUGGUUAUUUCCAUUCCUUCGGAGACCCCUGGCAGUGCUUCUACACCUGCGGUUGUGCCAGUCAUGGGAGGCUCUACACCUGGCCUGGCCGAGCCGUCACUUUGGACUUCGACCCUGACCGGCACAUUUCCAAUUCCGGGUGCCCCGUCGUCCGACGCCUCAAAUCCACUCUCGAUUUCCAUCCUGUCUUCCCCAUUGCCGGAAUCCAUCUCCAGCCUGCCUACCAAUCCGCUGGGGGAGACCUCUGCAGUGCCCACGGUUGCCUCCGCUGUUUCUCUGUCCGGUGGUCUUGGGCCACUGCUGUCAUCAAGCAAAACUAUGCCCUUGACCAGCAGCCCUGUGGCUGUCUCCAUUGCUCCCUCUGUUUCUCUUGAUAAUGACAACAGCAUAGAGGUGAUCUCCUCAACAAUCGCGCCCACCGCAGCUUCCUCGGCUUUGACGACCUCUGGUAUUCCGGAGGCUUUGCCGGCGAACUUCAGCCUGGACAGCUCUGACAUGGUGCUUGCAUCGUCUGCCGCACUGAUCAGUUUCGGCACGUCUUCGCCCGCUGUCAUCUCGACGAUGGUUCCCUCUGGUGCCUCACUCGGCACGUCUUCGCAGGUUCUGACGACUUACUCAGCCAUUGCCUUGGGCAGUCUGACCUUGACGGGCGUCACAGUCCUUGUGCCCCGUUCUCCAACAUCGUGCUACUCACUGCCGACACCUCCAGCUUCCAUGGAUCUGGUGGCCAUAGCAGUCACCCCGCAAGACACCGUCGACCUAAGCAAUCCCAUGUUCCUUUCAUUCGGAGAAAAUGCUACAAAUCCCCAGUACAUUGGGGCCUUCGCCAGUGGAGAGUCAUACGUUCUGGACUUGUCUCCAGACAAUCCAAUCACUGGCCAACUCGGCCUGCAAAUCCCCGGGGACAAUGCGCUGGUGUUUGAGGGCUCGGGGAUGUCACUGUAUAAAGGGAACUGCAGUCUACUCUCGGAGGUUCUGAUCGACAACUUCUACAGCCAAGCCGGUGCGGUCACUGGACGUGCUGCCAAACGCACAAGAGAUGCGAGGCUCGAGAUGAAACAAAAUGCUGUCAGCUCGAGCACCUUUACUGUUGAUAUAUCUCUCGACAGUUAUUUGAACACGGCGGACUUCAAUCCUAGCCUCAUUUUCGGUAACUCGAUGUGCACCGUGGUGUCUACUGCAGCGGGCAAAAACACGGACAAUAUUACAUGGUCAUGCUCCUACCCCCCACCCCAGGGCGGCGCCGCUUCCUGUGCGGCGAGGCUUAGUACUUGGCUCACUGGCAUCAACUCGCCGUCAUCUUCACCCCAAAAUACGACUGAGAUCCUGGCGACGCUGAGCCCAUUCCUUGCCUUGGCUGGUGAUUCGCUUCCAGAAUUAUUCCCUGGCGCAGACCCUGCUCUUGGCCUUGGCUUCACUUUCAUGAGGCAGGUUGAGGAUGCACUCAAAGAAGCUGUUGGUGACGUUGGAGCGGCUGCAUGCGACGUCAUGCAUGCUUUGGACUCUGACGAUCUUGUCAUUGAGGACAGUGGUCCGCUAGGGACAAAGACGCUCGGCUCUUUCAUCACCGAGCCGCCCCCUUCCUUGGCCAUCAAUCUUGCCGCGUCUGCAACAGCAUCGAUCGUCGAACUGCCGCGUCGCAAGGCCAACCCGACGGACAACUUCCUUCUACAGAUCGCGACGGCUUUCGAGUCCUUCUUUGCACCUUUCAAUUCGUGGCUUCAUGGACUACCAACUUUAGGCAUUUUCGGGAUUGAGCAGACUGGCAUGGUGCAUCUCCCAAUGCCAACAACGGAUGACUCUCUCACCACGACCGUCACGACUACGGUGGCGCCCCCGCCAAGUGGGAGGCGUGAAGAGGUGCCGACAAUGACGGUAACACAUGUCCUCGGUGAAGGGUGGUUCUCUCCAAGCACGUACGUUGUGGCACCUGGCGCAACCCCGGGCCUCGAUUUUCCAGCGUUCGCCAUGCACAGGCUCGCCAGUGACGACAGCGCCACUCUUUCGAUUUCCUCUGUCCUCGACUCAGCGCCGGCGAAUAUCAUUGACCAAGUAGCAGUUGAUCUGGCAGCCAUGUAUGGCGAUCCAGGUGUACAGCCGGAAUGGCAUGCAGAUUGGCCAAGUCAGGUGCAUGAGCAUGGCGAGGUCACGACCACUACGGGCGCUGACAUGGGAUAUGACGGAAAAAUUGUUUUGGUGACGACGACGAUCACUGAGUGGAUGCGAGCGGUCGAUGACUGA